UACGGCAUACUUAGCAACGUGAUCGAACUCUAUUGUUUUUCAUAAUUUCAGUAAGUAUUUUAACCUGAAAUCUUGAACAACUUAACUUCGUUCCACUUUAUUAAUGACUUAAUAGAAAAAAAAUGACACUUUCAGGAGACAUUUAUUGAAAUGAAUUACCAAAAAGUUACCUAAUUAUUUUAACACGUUAAGAUGAAUAACUUAACUAAGAUCACAACAACAGAGUUCAGUUUCCAUACAAUAUCGAUCUAUGUCUGUGUCGAUAAGACUAGGUACAGACUGAUAACGCAUAACCCUUGGCUCAACUCCGUUCAGUCGGCAUCUGUGCUCCGCAUCUCUCGCACGCGACGGACGAAAGAAAAUUUGCCAAUUUUCACGUCAAAGAAUUAAGCGAAGUCAUGAAGAUCGGUUUUAUUGGCGGAGGCAGGCUGGCCUUCGCUUUGGCCAACGGCUUUAUCUCAGCUGGUUUGGCAAAACCCGAUGAGAUCACAGCGAGCGUUCAUCCCGCCGACGUGGUGAGCGCUGAGGCAUUCAAGAAACUCGGAGCCACAGCAGUCUUCGAGAAUAAGCCAGUGGUGGAGAGAUCUGAAGUAGUGAUAGUGUCAGUCAAGCCCGAUGUAGUGGUACCAGUUCUGAAGGAGGUGAAGGAACUACCAGCUUCCAAGAACAAGCUCUUCAUAUCAGUGGCCAUGGGUAUUACUACUGCUGCUAUUGAGAAGGUGUUACCCGCAGAAGCUCGCGUGAUCCGAGUGAUGCCAAACACCCCAGCGUUAGUCCAGCAUGGAGCUGCAGCCCUCAGCCGUGGUUCCCGAGCCACUGCUGAAGAUGCCAAGCUGACUUCACAGCUGUUCCAAGCUGUGGGCACCUGUGAUGAGGUGCCGGAGUAUCAGAUGGAUGCUGUCACUGCGUUGAGCGGCAGUGGGCCGGCUUAUAUCUACAUGAUGAUCGAGUCUCUAGCUGACGGCGGUGUCCGCUGCGGCUUGCCACGCGACUUGGCACUCCGCCUGGCUGCGCAGACCACCCUGGGUUCUGCAGCCAUGGUGAAGACAGGCACCCAUCCUGCUGUGCUUAAGGACAAUGUGACCAGCCCUGCAGGGUCCACCGCUGAUGGAACUUAUCAUUUGGAACAGAACGGUUUCCGAUCAGCCGUGAUUGGUGCCGUGGCCGCAGCAGCCGACAGAUGUAAAGUGGUCAACAGCCAACUCAACAACAUACCGUAGUUUGUGUAUAUUUUGCUUCUUUUAAUGUAAUUUACGCCAAUUAUGUUAUCUUAAGAACUAAUAAUGCAUUUUUUUAUUAAACGUUUAAAAGGUG